AUGACUACCGUCGCGCAGAAGAAAAAGCCCUACUUCGGGUUAACAGGGGGAUGGCUGACCUUCUGGAUUACGGUGGCAUGCGCAACCGAUAUGACCUUGUUCGGUUACGACCAAGGAGUCUUCAUCCACGACCUGGUCGGGCCUACGAAGACAACGAUGCUAUCCACGGUGACGGCGAUAUAUGAUAUCGGGUGUUUCUUCGGGGCGCUUGUCGCAUUCACUAUUGGUGAGCAUCUGGGCCGGAAGAAAGCUAUCCUGCUGGGGACUACGAUCAUGGCAGUGGGAGGUAUUCUUCAGGCGAGUUCGUUCAGUCUGGCGCAGAUGUUCGUUGGCCGGAUCGUGUUAGGUCUUGGAAACGGAAUAAACACCGCCACAGCCCCAAUCUGGCAGACCGAAACCUCCCAAACGAAAUGGCGCGGAAAGCUAGUAAUCCUAGAUAUGAUGAUGAACAUCGCCGGCUUCUGCCUCGUCAACUGGAUCAACUACGGGCUAUCAUUUGCCGGCGGCUCCGUAGCCUGGCGAUUCCCCCUCGCCUUCCAGUUCUUCUUCUUCUUCAUUCUAUGGGGUACAACGCCCUGGCUACCAGAGUCUCCUCGCUGGCUCCUCGCGCACGGCAAAGAAGAAGAAGCAAUCUCAGUCCUCAGCUGCCUCGAAGCAAAACCCACCAACGACCCAGCCGUCAUAACCCAACGCAACGAAAUCGCCUUCAGCAUCCAAUACGAGCGACAGAACGCCAUGCGCUGGCGCGACCUCCUCAAGAAAGACAAGAAAAACGACACCAAGACCCUGCGCCGACUCCUCCUCGGCGUGGGCUCCCAGUUCAUGCAGCAGUUCGGCGGUAUCAACAUCAUGUCGUAUUACAUGCCGACUGUACUGACGAAAUCGGUUGGGCUGCCGGAGGAAAUGGCGCGAUUGUUGUCUGCUUGCAACGCCGUCUCGUAUCUGAUUUUCGCGGGGAUCGCUGUGCUUUUGAUUGAGCGGAUGGGGCGUCGUGGGUUGAUGCUGCUGUCGACUUUUGGGCAGUUCGUGUGCUUCCUUGUUAUUACGGUUCUGCUGAGGUAUUCUGAGACUAGUGAGGACGGGAGUGUGUAUGGUAAUGCCUCGGUCGCGUUUUUCUUUCUUUAUUAUGGCGCUUUCGGGAUUGGGAUGCUGGGCGUGCCUUGGUUGUAUCCUACUGAGAUUAACUCCCUGCCGAUGCGGACGAAGGGGGCGGCGGCGGCUACUGCUACGGACUGGAUUACGAACUUCAUCGUUGUGGAGAUCACCCCGAUCGGGAUUCAGAAUAUUGGGUGGAAGUUUUGGAUUGUCUGGAUGGUGUCUAAUGCUGUUUUCCUGCCUAUCCUCUACUUCUUCUACCCGGAGACUGCCAACCGGAGUCUUGAGGAUCUUGAUGCCUAUUACCGCACCAACCCAUCGUUGAUUGUGACUGGAGAUCCGGAUACCAUUUGUCGAAAACGCCCGCAGAAAUACAUUGACCGUGAAGACGAGGAGUUCGAGAGAACGGCUGUUAGUAAGGGGGUUAUGCCUGUCGAGACAGCAGAGCACGAGCACGUGGAAUGGAUCGAGGGAGAGGGGCAGUGA